UGUUGUCAAGUGUCUGUCAGCUGGUCGAUGAGACAGUGUAUUUUUUCAACACAUUCAAGGGGAUUUAAAGUUAAUUGAUAGAAUUAUUGACAGAAACGUGAGAAUUGAAUAUACAAUUAUGGACAAACUCAGAGCGGUUCUGGGUGGUCGUGAUGGAAACAGUGACAAUGGAAAUAUACUGCAGGCGGCGAAUGAAGCGUCCACGCUGGGAUGGGGAACGCGCGUGAAAGGAUUCAUCGCCUGUAUGGUCAUCGGAGUUGUGUGCACUAUCCUGGGAGUGUGUUGCCUGUUUAUUCCCAAGAUAGGUGUGAUUCUCUUCAUUGUCUUUUACACAUUUGGGAACGUAUGUUCCUUAGUAAGCACAAUGUUUUUGAUGGGGCCGAUAAAACAGCUGAAGAGGAUGUGUGACAAAACCAGAGCCUUUGCUACAGUUGUUAUGAUAACAUGUUUGGUUCUCACACUCUGUGCAGCUUUUUGGUGGAAGAUCUUUGCACUCACUUUGUUGUUUGUCAUUCUACAAGUCCUUGCAUUUGCGUGGUAUAGCCUGUCAUACAUUCCAUUUGCCAGAGAUGCCAUCCUGAAGUUUUUCUCCAUGCUCUGUUCCAUGUGUAUGAAAUGAAGAGACAAGGCUUGGCCUUUAAUCAUCCAAUGAACCUCUGCUCAAAUACUUGGUGUUUUGGGAUCCACAAAAGAUCAUUGACAGAAUGGCUUAAUGGGACUCUGCUAGUUGUUAUGGCUAGUUGGACAUGUUGCUGGAUCACAGUGUGGUCAAAGUAAAGUUCCAAACAUGAAUGAGUUUACAACCAUUUUUAGUGUGUUUUAUUUUAAAUAUUAUGUUAAUUGUUUAGGUACGGUUGUAAGAAACUUUUUAAAGGGAUAUUUAUUAAUAAAUAGUAUAUUAUAAUAAAUAUAAGUAAAUAUUUUUGGGGAAUGGCUGGAAUGUUAUACUACUGUCUUGAACUACCUUUCUUUUUUUUUUGUCUUAUAUUUGUAUAAAGAUAACAUACCUUGUAAAUAAA